UAAAUAGUAGACAUGAGUCAUGUAUUCAGUCAAAUCCAAAAUUCUGGUGAUCAUGUCGCUGAUCUUGGCUGUAAUUUUAUGAACGUAGAAUUUUUAAAUGAAUCUACUAAAGGUUUUACAAGUAGUUGGACCUUUCGAUGUAAAAUGUGUAAUUCAAAAAUUACUAUUAUGUCAGAAAAGCAUAACAACUCUGGGAUAAUCCUUUUAAACAAAGCUGCUGUUAACGCAACGGUAGCUGCUGGAAUUGGGUUUACCCAACUCUCUGAACUUACUGCAGCAAUGGACAUUUUAUGUAUGUCACCAAGUACGUAUUGUAAGUAUAAUAAUUUGUUGAGUAAAGAUGUAAAAGACAGUUGCUGGGACGCUAUGAGCUUAGCUGGUAUUGAAGAGAAAAGAUUGGCAUUUGAGUUGGGUGAUGUUGAUGUAGAUGGCACACCAAUGUGUCCUGUUAUAGCUGACGGUCAGUGGAGUAAAAGAAGUUACAAAACAAAGUACGAUGCUUUGUCAGGAGCGGCUACAAUUAUUGGAUAUAGAACAAAAAAAAUACUAUUCGUAGGGAUUCGUAACCGUUAUUGUGUGAUUUGUGAAAGAGCUAAAACAAUGGAUAAAAAUCCCAAAGUACAUGAAUGUUUUUUAAAUUGGUCCAAAGGAGCAACGAGUAUUGAAGCCGAUGCUAUUGUUGAAGGAUUUUUAGCAAGUGUUCAGAUGCAUGAUUUGAAAUAUAAUAAACUCAUUGGUGAUGGUGAUAGUAGCGUCACCAAAAAAUUAUCAGAAGUAAUGCCAUAUGGUCCUAUGUUAUUAGUUGAAAAAGUGGAAUGCCAGAAUCACUUGCUUCGUAAUUAUGGUCAAAAGCUUAUGAGUCUUACAAAAAAAAAAGAGUACCCGUGUUACUUAAGAAAGUUUAUUUCAAAAAAUAUUAUGAAAUUUCGGACGGCAGUGACAAAAGCAAUAAAAUAUCGAAAAAAUGUCGAAGAAACAUUAUACGAUAAAAUUGAAGGUUUGCGAAAUGAUAUUCUAAAUGGACCUUAUCAUAUUUUUGGUGAACAUACUAAGUGUCAAAGUUAUUUUUGCUCAGGUCCUAAGUUAAUUAAAAAUAAUUUAGUGGUUGAUGUAACGAAAUGUGGAUUAAUGAAAUUAAAAUAGUCUUACCUCGAGUAACAGAUAAUGCUAAAAGUUUGAUUCUUGAUGUCGAUAAUAAUUAUUGUCAACAGCUAAACAGUAUAAUAAACAAGCAUAUUGCAGGAAAAAGAAUAACCUUUACGCAAAAACAGUCUUAUAACAUGCGAGUAAAUGCAGCAGUAAUUUCAUUUAACUCGGGUGGGAACUUUUUACACGUGAUGCAUAAACAAAUUACAAAUAACAGCCCCGGUAAGUUUUUCUUUCAUAAGUUAUGAAUCAUAACUAUCAUACAUAAUGUUAUAUUGUUUUUUAUUUUUAGGAAUUGCAGGAAAAAUUUUUUUAAAAUAUACAUCAUGUAAAAGAUUAAAUUUAACUAA